AUUGCUCAGAAUCGGGCCGAUCGAGUGGGUCGCCCCGCGAAGAACGUCUUUCCCCAAGAAGCAAGCUCUGUCCCCCGUAAUUUUCCAACUGUAAAGAGGUGGGGCCUGGACACAAUUCGCAGCAUCUUGAGAUCAUAUGAUCAGUAAAGACCGUGAGCCCUGUCAAAUCAGAAGCAUCGUCGAAUCCGAAGCAUCGACCUCGGAAUCUUCCGCUUCAUGAGGAGCAACCCGUGUACUCGACGCAUCUCGAGACUCUUUCUUACGCCGGAAUCGCGGUGAUCGGACCAAUGGCACUUCAUCUCCGCGUUCUAUAGCAAGUUCUCAACAACUGUUCAAGUGCCAUGGAGGAGUUCUCUCAGGACCUGAGCGUCGCACUGGAAGAGGCUAAUCAACAGGAUUCAGAUUCGUGUACUGAACAGGUCAUGCAAAAACCGAGACGACCGCGCCGUCGGAGACCUCGGAAAGACAUCAACGUCGCCAGUCCGGUCAGUAGAUCCGAGGGUGGCAGUCCGGAACGACCUCGGAGAGCAAAGAGACCUCCCCGGAUGCAGGUGGAGGCAGGGGCUGGGAGUCUAGAAUGUCAGGGAGAUUGCCAAAUGGUUUCGGUAUCUUCAUCGUCAUCCGAUGUCCCCUCUGAGUGCGGCGGGUGCUGUGGGUGCUCUUCCGAAGCUGACGAUGAGCAGACCGAUUUCCCUCACAAUGAGCCCCCUCCACCAAAAAUCAAAGCCAUACAGAUGGAGUUGGCGCCCCCAUCAACGCACCAAGGAGUUGCACUGACAAACGAAUUCCGACGUCGAGUGCAUUCCGCGGGUAAUCGUUCAAACCCUGGUUGUUCAGAGCAAGGCAGAAAACGACGCCGGCGUUGCUGCCCGAUUGUGAAUCCUGUCUUGGGGUCGCCAUCAGUAUCCGACUCACCCCCAGCGGGCAUAAAACUUCACAAGGGGAGUUUCGGUUUCCCUCUGUAGACACCAAGCAGAUCAGCUUGAUGAUUUCGGAGUCGACCUCGAUUUAGGAUAACGAGGAUCACCCUGAGCCCCAUGGAGCUCGUGUUUCGUUCCGAAUCUCGACCGAUCACAGACCGCGCCCACUCUGGAUACGGAAUCGGGGAGUC